AUGUAUAGUAAUAACUUAGACUUACUACUGGAUCUUAAAAGGCAGUUAGAAGCUGUUAUAGAUAGAGGAAGUCAUCGUCUAGAGUGUAUAUCACGUGCAUGUGAGAGUGGUCCCUAUACAUUGAAUGAAAUUGCAUCUCUUGGUAUGAGAUUUGCUAGUACAACUAAAGCACCUCCUGAAUUUGAUGAUAUAACUGGUGUACAACUUGCACAAAGACCAAGUUAUAGAUUCCCAUGCCCAUCUAAUGCACAUAUGAGGCUAUCAAUGCUAUAUCAUGCAAAGCAACUUGUCUGUUCUAAACCUAUUUUCAAAAUAAUUGAGGUCUCACUAUCAACUAAGCAGAUAGAGGUGUCAAGUAUAGAAAACUGUACUAUAUUAUAUAAAAUUAAUGAAUCAAUAGAACAACAAUAUUUAAACCCAAUUAUUAUCAGUGGAUCUGGGAAAUAUGUUAUUCAUGCCCGUUGUGUUAAACAAGGAUAUACUCAAUCAGAUAUAUCUGAAACUUGUUUUGAGAUUAAGGAUCAAAGUCAAUCACCUAAAUCUAAAACAUCACGAAAAUUAACUGGAAUUACAAGUGGGAUAAAUAAGUACAGAGGAUUACAUUUAAUUAGAGCUUCACAAUCAUCAGAUGAUUCAGAUAACUGUCAUUCAUCUGAAGAAAGUGAUUAA